GAACGAUGUAAAGUUACGUAAAAUUAAUAUUUAUGCAGAAAUUUUAAAAGACCUGUCAUAGUAAAUUUAAAGUUUUGAAAUUUGCCUUGAUUUUAAAUUUAUUCUUUCUAAAGUUAACUAUUUCCAAUUUCAAAACCAAUGAAGUGGUACAUUGAAUGGUCAUGUUCUUGAAUGAGUGUAAUCUGUGCUUUGGAUUUUAAGUACAAAUGGUGUCUAAUGAAAUUGUGUAUACUUCAAAGAGUGAAAAGACAGUGAUGGGAAGUGUUUAUAAGAAGUUGAAAGUUUAUUACUAACUUAUCCUAUAAUGAGUUGAUCAGUUUUAAAGAUAACAUAAGUUACAAUACUAUCAUUUAUAUAUUUAGCUUAGAAAGUGUUCUUUUAGUAUUGACAUCUCUAAUUUUUCAGCAAAUGAUUUCAGAGUUGCAGAUUUUAACUUAGCCUGUGUUAUCAGUGACAGCUUUUUCUUCAUGACCUCAAGAAACCAAUGGGAAGUUGCUUUUCUCGAGGAAAGGGCCGUACUUCUGUGCCCACUUCGGUAAAAGACAAAGAAGAAGUAGGUUGUGAUACGAAUGAGCUUCAAAUUGCAUUGAAUGGUAAUAGUAUAAUAGAAAGUGGAACGCUGACUGCAAUUAGUGUAAGUACAACUGGUCCGACAACCACGGCUUUGAAUAGAGACAGAAGUGGAAGAACAUUUUAUACACGCAUGCCUUCUGUUGGUAAAAAUACUGAAGUACGAAUUGGUAAAACAGUAUCCGAAAGCAAGAUUAAUGCUUUGUUUGAUAAUUAUAAAGAUCCGGUAGAAGAUAAUAUUCUUGCAGAAGGGAUCGAAAGGCUUUGCCAAGAUUUGGGCCUAUCUCCAGACGAAUUUAAAGUUUUGAUUUUAGCAUGGAAACUCGAUGCUGGUCAGAUGUGUAGGUUUACCAGGGAAGAAUUUGUGAAUGGAUGUAGAUCAAUGUGUGUUGACUCGAUUCGAGGAAUCCAAAAUAAAUUACCCGACAUUGUAGCUCAGGUAGCAGCAUCACCAGAUGUCUUUAAAGAUCUCUACAGGUUUACAUUCAGAUUUGGUUUGGAUCCUUCAAUAGGACAACGUAUAUUACCAGCAGAUAUGGCUAUUUUAUUAUGGAAACUCGUGUUCUCUGUUAGAGAACCUCCUAUACUUCUGAGAUGGCUCAAUUUUCUUGAAACUCACCAGCAUAUUAGAGGAAUCCCACGGGACACUUGGAAUAUGUUUUUGAAUUUUUCGGAAGCUAUCGGAGAUGAUUUGUCUAUGUACGAUGACACUGAAGCCUGGCCUAGUAUUUUUGAUGAUUUCGUUGAGUAUGAAAAUGACCAAGCCAAUCAAAAUAUUACUAAAGAAAAAGAUGAAAUCAUUCACUGACAUUUAUGUAAGACAAUAACUAUGGGUUAUAUUUCAAUCUAAUUAAACAAAUUUAUUUUUAAUGUCUGAUGACAGUAAAUUUCAUCAUUAAAAUUUAUAUUUAUAUGUAUACUCAAGUUUCCAUGUCACUGUAUGCCGGCCUUAUUCUGAAAAGGAUAUGUAUAUUUAAGAAGUUAUAUUAUAUUGUGUUCAUAUACUAAUGUAUUUACAACUCUACUUUCUGAAGAUGUUGAUUUUGUGCCAAACUGUUUGUCUUCCAGUGAAGUCAUCACAAAUUUAUUGUUUUAUUUCUUUGUUAAAUCUGCGUAAUAUGGUGGGUUGGACAAGAAAAAGGCCUAUUUUUACUUCCAUAUUAUUUGUAACGAACUAUUUGUCUGUAAUCAGUAUUAUGAAACAAUAUCUAGAUGCACUAAGCCUAUGCCUAAGAAUGGCACACCUUAUAUAUAGAUUUUAAAUAAACUUUUCACAAUAGUAUUGUAAAGUGUACUCUUGUUACUUUUGAUAUCACAAAAUAUUUUUGAGGCUGUACAAAUGUUAUUAUAUUAAUGUGUGUGAUAAGCUUUUAUGAGACUAAUAUUUUCUUAAAAAAGAAAAAAAAAAUGUUUUACAUAACUAUUAGUUAUCCUGAUCUCAAUGUUUUUUGGUAGUUACGAAAUUUUU